GCAGAAAUUCCAGCCUUCCAGGUCACUUGUGAAGUUGUGACAUUAAGAUCAAGAUCAAGAUCAAGCUGAGUAAACAAACCCGUGUCGGUGUGUCACCCUGAAGAAGAAAACCUAACGAGUAAACGUGACAUGCGCUCUGAAUGAUUCCCGUGCAGCCCAGUGGUCCAGCAGUGUAGUAGUUUCACGUCUUCUGGUGUCUUGACGAACGGCACAAUGGUUAUUGAUUGUGAGCAACAUACAUUUGAGGAGCCCAAGCGUGCUGUCCUCAAUCCAACUGACAUCAAGAAAUGGGAGCAAUCUUGUGCCUAUCAGGAUAUUUUGGGUUUCAUAACAUCUAUGAACAUAGCUGUCAAGGGCAAGAAAAACAGCUCUGCAUGUGGCACCAACGGAGUAAUCUCAGGGCUUCUCAAUACACUGGACACCAUCAGCCAGUGGGUUGACGACAUUCCCCCAAUUGACCAGCCACAACGUUACGGGAAUAAAGCCUUUCGAGACCUAUACGCAAGACUUAAAAUGGAAAGCAGAGAAAUAAUUAUGGCAGCUCUACCAGAAGAGUUUCAUCCAGCAGUCCAAGAGAUUUCAAUAUAUCUGGAGGAAAGUUUUGGCAACUCAACAAGAAUUGACUAUGGCACUGGACAUGAGCUGGCAUUCGUCAUGUUCCUUAGCUGCGUAUUUAAGAUAGGAGCCCUCAAGCAAGAGGAUUCAGUCGCAGUUGUCACAAAAAUAUUCAACAGGUACCUUGUGCUGUGUCGUAAGCUGCAGAUGACGUACAAGAUGGAGCCAGCAGGGAGUCAGGGAGUGUGGAGUCUGGAUGACUACCAGUUCAUUCCUUUCAUCUGGGGGUCAUCACAGCUCCAGAUGAACCCCAAAAUUGCCCCAGAAAUGUUUUGCAGUGAAAAGAUCGUUAAUGACAACGCAGAUGAAUACAUGUUCCUUGGUUGUAUCAAAUUUAUAUUAUCGGUGAAAACUGGGCCAUUUGCUGAGCAUUCUAACCAACUAUGGAACAUCAGUGGUGUCCAGUCCUGGACAAAAAUUAAUCAGGGCUUGAUCAAGAUGUACAAGGCAGAGGUGCUACACAAGUAUCCCGUUGUGCAGCAUGUCCUCUUUGGUAGCAUCCUGUCCAUUGCUCCCACUGUGGAGGUGGUGUACCACCCUCCAGGGGCUGACAUGCCUCCUCUAAGUGGCAAAUUUCCAGGAGCACCAUCAUCUUCCAUGUCCUCAAUGCCUGGGCCCAGAAUACCCCCUUUUACUGAUGCAAUGCCCCCAAGCAUUCCUAGUUUUGGUAGAAUGCAACAGGAUUUACCUCUGAAGGAAGGUUUGUCCACAAUACCUACUAUUGGCAAGAUGCCUCAAGGCUUAAUGGACACUACAUCAAACACCAAUUCAAUAGCUGCCAGCAGAGCCACAACUGCCUCAUGUGCUGAUGAAAGGCACCCAGCCAUGUCUCCACUCAACCCAUUAUCUUCUAGUGGCUUUACAAAAUGCAACAUUACCUCAGAAAAUACAAAUGAAAGUACAAAAUAGGCAGCCUUAUAAAUAUAUAUAUAUAUAUAUAUAUAUAUAUAUAUAUAUAUAUAUAUAUAUAUAUAUAUAUAUAUAUAUAUAUAUAUAUAUAUAUAUAUACACAUACAUACAUACACAGUAGAGCCCCACUUAGUGCGAACCGCAAUAAGCUCGAGCCACCAUCUACCAAGAAAAUAAUUAAUUAGCGCAAAAGCCUCAGUUAGUGCGAGCAGCCACCACGACUUGGCAUCUUGGCGGCUUGUGCCACCAAGAUGUGCAGCACAAGCCGCCAUGAUGCACGGCAUAAGCCGCCAUGAUGCACGGCACAAGCCACCAUGAUGCACGGCACGAGCCGCCAUGAUGCAUGGCACAAGCCGCCAUGAUACACAGCACAAGCCGCCAUGAUGCGCGGCACAAGCCCUUACUUUAGCAGACGAUGCCAUGUUGAUACAGGUAAAGUGCUUUGUUUACGUUGUGGAUGUGGAUACGAGCAACUGACCUUGGCCGUGUGUGAUGCACACCCGGAAAAUUUGGAGUUGCCGGUUGUCCAAGUGUGAUACUGCCUUAAGGCAGCGAGGCCACUGACCAGAUGAGCGCCGGCGAUGACGUCAUCGGACUCCCAGCGAAUCACAAGCAUGUUUUCAGAGCUCAGCCAAUCAUAGGGUUUUUUUUUUUAAUGCGAGUGAUUAUCAAACCCAAAAGUCAGACCCACGUGUGCACCAAAUAAUUUUUUUCAUAUUGGUUACUUUAUUCAAUUAGCGCGAAUUCAGUUAGUGCAACCGCUUUCAUUCACCUAAUUCUCGCGCUAAAUGGGGCUCUAAUGUAUGUAUGUAUGUAUGUAUGUAUGUGUAUAUAUAUAUAUAUAUAUAUAUAUAUAUAUAUAUAUAUAUAUAUAUAUAUAUAUAUAUAUAUAUAUAUAUAUAUAUAUAUAUUUCACAUGGGUAUUUCAUCUUUUAUGUCAUACAUUUCAUCUUUCACAUAUUUGGUAAUGCAGAACUGCAUGGAAAACUUGCAUGUUCAUCAAAUGCACGCUGGGGUGAUUUUUGUUAUAGGAAAUAUUUCUAUCCUUGCUAAAUAGGUUUAUAUCUUUAUCAGUUAUGUAUGAAGACAUUGGGUUUUCACUACGAAUAUUUUACAAGGUCACAGAGGAGAUUAGUCAAGUCCUCAUAUUAUAUUUUUAUGUUCAGUGUACAGAGAUCUUUUAAAACUACCAUGAGGCUCAUAACACCACCCGUGAAAAUCCAAACAUCCUCUACAAGAGCCUUUUCAAACCGGUGUACUUAGAUGCCAAAUCGUUUGUGAAUACAGGCAUAAGAAGCUUACUGUAAUGAUGAAUAAGGCAGAGUGGAGGAUGGAGAGGACAUGGUGUGGAAGAGGUGAAACUAUACCAAUCCAUCUAUUUUAUUAAGGCACUGUAGGUGGGGUUAGGUAAGACCAAAAAAAUGCAGUUAUGUAUUGCCAAAUCUUUAAUUCCCAACAAUAAUUUUAUUUUUGUCUGAAAAUUACUUCUAAAUUAAUUUAAAAUACACUGUAUAUAGAUUUAAUUCUAUAAAGAGCUGUAUAGAUUUUAUGAAUUGUUUGUUUUUUGAGGAUAAUCAGUGACUGUAUAAAUUCCAUAACACUGUGCAACAUUUUUGCAAUGUUGCCAAGUGGAGUUACUUAAGCUCAGACCGGGUCACCAUCCCGCCAUGGAAACUUACCCUAUGACAUGUAUGUGGCAACUUUGUUAACCGACAGAGACCCAAGGGAGUCACACCUCAAGUGCCUUCAUAAAGUGGAUGGCCUAUAGAAGGGCUGUGAGGAUAAAACCUAAGUGAAAGAAGCUUGUUUUACUAAAUGUGUGAACUUUGUUACUUUCCUAAUAAGCUCUAAAUUCUCUAAUUAACUGUUCUUUUGUUGGGUUGUGAGACAUCACAUGAUAUCAAGAUCUGGGGAAAGUGUUUUGAUGUCUCCCAGAUCAUCAAAACACUUGUUCACUGGAUUGAUUAUUGCAAUAUCUUAUAUUUCAUGCUUAAACCCUUUUUUUGCUUGGUGUGGUGAAUAGGAUAAAAUGAUGGUGAUGACAUGA